AUGGCGGGGCGAGGCCGCGCGGCCACGCUUCCGGCGUGGAUGACCGCGCCCGCGCCGCCCGGAGGCGGCGCGGGCGCACCCCCGGGCCCGCCAUCCCGGGUCGCCCCCGCGCCACCCGCGCCCCCGCGCAGGUGGACCGAGCAUCGCGCGCCGGACGGCAGGCCCUACUGGAACGACGGCACGCGAUCGACGUACGCCAAGCCGCAGGAACUCAUGACUCCGAUGGAGCGAGCUGACGCGUCGACGCGAUGGAGAGAGAACCGGGCGCCCGACGGCAGGACGUACUACUACCAUCAAGACACGCGAGAGACGCGCUGGUCCCUCCCGGACGACCUGCGCCUGGCGCGCGAGGCGGCUGCGCUGGCGCAAACCGCCAUUGCUGCCGCCGCCGCGGCGAGAUCAUCAUCACCCGCCCCACCACCACCACCCGCAGCCGCCGCCGCCGCAUCCGCGGGCCCAUCCGCGGGCAGCCCGAAAGCUCGGGUCCCGAGACCGCGCGACCCCAACGCCCCGCCGCGCGUCUACGCCGACAGGGAGGAAGCCAAGGCUGCGUUCAAGGAGCUCCUCGAGGAUUACGAGAUUCGAGCCGGCGCCAAAUGGGACGAGACCGCGAAGCAGAUCGCCGCCGACGAACGCUUCGGCGCGCUCAAAACGAUCGGCGACAAGAAGCAGUGCUUCAACGAGUACCAGACCCAGCGGGCGAAGCACGAGCGCGAGGCGAAGAGGCUAGCGGAGAAGGCGGCGAGGGCGAACUUCACCGCCAUGCUCGAAGAGCGCUGGCGAGAAUUCGGCGUCGAAGAUCCGUCGCUCGCGCGGCACAGGCCUCGGUUACAGGACCACGUCGACGCCAUCGCGGGAGCUGAAGAUCCCCGAUGGAGCGCCGUGAAGGACCCGCGCGAUCGCGAGGACCUGUUCCGAUCCUUCUGCGACGCGCUGCGAAUCAAACUCAGGGACGAGAAGAAGAAACUCAGGGACGAGAAAGUGAACGCGUUUAAAGCGACGCUGCGCGCGAUGGGCGUGGACGGCGUCGUGGACUGGACGUGGCGCAGGGUCCUCGACGAGCUCGCCAAGGACGUCGAAACGACAAACCCUGAUAAGGACGGCGACGGGGGGAUUCGAACCCUCGACCGAUCGAUCCAGUUGGAGGCGUACGAGGAAUACGCCGACGAGCUCGAGAGGGCGCACGCGCGGCUGGCGAGGGAGGAGAAGGCGGCGCGUCUGCGCGAGGAGCGCCGGCGCCGCGACGCGUUCGUGAGAUCGCUCAAGCGCGCGCGCCACCGCGGCUCGUUGCGGUUGCGGAUGCCGUGGCGAACGUUCGUGGAGAGGUUCCUCGAGAACGACGUCGCGUUCGUCGAGUUGUCCCGUAACCUCUCCGGGUCCCGGGCCCGAGAAUUGUACGACGACGAGCAGGAGGAGAUGGAAUUGUUAGCGGCGGAGGACCGAGCCGCCGUCGAGGCGGCGGCGGCGAAGGCGGGUUUCGACAUCAUCGCGAACGAGACGACGAGGGAUGCGCUGAUGGCGGCGGUGCGCGGGAAGGCGUCGCUUCCGGCGCGGGUGACGGGAGAGACGGGGGGUGACGAGGCUCGGGACGGGGAGAUCGACGGGGCUCAACCUCGACGCGUCGACUCGAAGGAGGAGGAGGAGGAGGAGGAGGAGGAGGAGAGGCUGCGGGUCGCGUGCGGCGACGCGGUGGUGGCCGCGAAGGAACGCGCGAGACGCGCGGCGCGCCGGAAGGAACGCGCCCUGGACGAUUUCUAUUACCUGCUCAGGUCCCGGCGGCGAGACGUGCCCAUCACGCCGAGCUCGACGUGGGCGGACGUCGAGACCGCGCUCGCGGGCGAGCGCGCGUGGAUCAAGUGCGUCGGUCAACCCGCGAGCGGCGGCGGUGGCGACGAUGGACCCGUUGAGGGGAAGGGGGGGAACGAUCCAUCGAACGUCAAAGAGAAACCCAAGGAGACGUACCGGGCGGACGCCGAGGCGGUGUUUGUCAAGUACGUCGAGAAGCUCGGACGGCGCGAGGCGCAGGCGAGGGAGGCGAUGGAGGACGGCGAGGCGAUGGACGAGGGAGUGUACGACGCGCAGGACGACGAGGACGUCGCGGUGGAGUUGAGGCGGCGGAAAGAGAGGGACGACCUGAGCGACGAGUUGGACGCUCGGGGCGGGAAACGCGAUCGACGGCGGUGA